AUGGAUGCCGCAAAUUCCCCGCAAACAUAUCAGCCUGUUGAAACUGCCCACCAUCUAGUGUCUGUCGAAGCAUUUCACGCGGUACUAUGGACCGGCUUCGUCCUCUGCUUGAUUUCCUGCGUAGGGCGAGUCUACAUACGAUACAUGUGCUUCCAUAAGCUACUUAUCGACGAUUGGGCAAUGAUAUUUGCCCUUGCCAUGCUGCUCUCGUCAGCCAUCCUCGGGCAGGUUUAUCUAAAAGACAUCUAUAUGUUAAUGGCUGUUUCCAAGGGUGCCAUUAUGCCCGAUGCAAACUUUCCUCACGAAGCCCGGCGCGGUCUUGUCGGCUUUGGAAUUGCAGCAAUCUUCUCCUACCUAGGGAUCUGGGCAAUCAAGUUGAACUUUUUACUGUUCUUUAAACGCCUCGGAGCCCAAAUUACGCCCUAUAUCAUCUUUUGGUGGGCUGUGCUCAUCUUCACUAUCGCCUGUGGAGCGGUUAGUAUUGGGCUGAUGCAGUUCCAUUGCCUGUUUGGCCCGAUCAAUGACAUAAUGGUGAUAUGUCCGCAGUACACAACUUUGAAACAGACUUAUGACUUUUUCAAAAUAUCCUGCAUUGUCGAUGUGGUCUCGGACGCGCUUAUCAUCUGCUUCCCAGUCGUUAUCCUGUGGAAGACUUCCAUCAAUCGCAAGAAGAAGCUCAUGCUCUCCGGCAUCUUCAGCCUCGUAGUAUUUACCAUGGCCAUAACCAUUGUAAGAGGAAGCAUUUUCGGUGGCGUCUAUAAGACAAUCGACCAAAACAAGAGAAUGGAUAUGAACGUUACAUGGAUUUGGUUCUGGUUUUUCAUUGAAUUUGCAGUCUCUUUCAUUAUUGCCUCUCUAAUCUCGUUCCGAGCUUUGUUCGCACAGAGAGAAAGGAAGGCAGAGGCAAGCCAGCACCGACGACGAGAAGAAGCGUUUCGAAACCAGAAAGAAGCGUCGGAUGAAUCCUCACAGAGAAACGGGUUCCGACGAAGAGCAAGACAACUCCAUGACAGUCUUCUAGAGUCAUUCAAGGACUCUGAAACGAUUCACGACGAUACUUUACCAGUUCCGGAGUCGGGAAGGUUUAGUCCUACAUUUCUCACCAAUAUCAGUGACGACAACUCCGCCAAGGACAGGGCUGAUUCUCUGGACACCUUCUCAAACUCAAGAGUCUAGACCCAAAUUGUGUGGACAGCUGCUACAAAGAGGUAUCGCUGAUCAUCGCGCACUUUGUUCUGAUUCGAGAGACAUUCAAGCAAUGGGAUGGCAUGGUAAAGUUGAGGGUGUUAUAUGCUACGCUAAAAUUGCCAAAACGCUUGGGAAGAUUGAUAGCUCUUUCGUUAGAUCUUAGUACACCUGACUUGCAAAACAGCAUGAUAGAGACAUGCGACUCUAUUCUACAUUCUUCACUAUUUAGUCUUAGCAAUGAAAUGGAUUGGGAUAACUAGCGAAUAUUG